UGAUGAUGAAUUGAAAAAAAAAUUCGAAUGAAUUUUUUUCCCGCUAUCAACCAAGUGAUGAGAGAAUAAAGAAAAAUAAUGUUUAAACAAUCAUUUCAUCCAUUCAAUCGUGUAUCAUUUCAGCUUGGUUUGUCUCGAUCUUUGUUUCAAUCAAUGAUGAUGAUGAUGAUUAGUUAUGGUAUGAUCAUCAUCAUCAUCAUCAGCAUCAGUUUUGUUAAUGGACAAACACCAUAUUCUGAAACAGGCGAUGAUGUUUCAGCCAUACAACAAUGUUACGAUUCACCUGCCGAUUUGUUUCAAGUGUUUCCACAAAUAAAUGGUACAUUCAAGAUUAAAAUCAAGAAUAAAUGUCUUCAGCUACCGGAAUUGGAAAUUUAUCUUUAUGUAUUUGAUUUAUCUAUUGUUGAUCAAAUAUUUAUCAAAGAAAUUGAUCAAUUAGAUGUGACCAAAGUUAAUUCGAUUAAAAUCAAUAGACCAACAAUGUUGUUUGGCCAUACAGAAUUGACUAAUUUUCAUCCACCAAAUGCACGUUUUAAAUUUGGUAUCGUAUUCUUUGAUCAUACUGGUGUUGUUAAUAUUGCAUUACAUCCAAAAGUAUUCUAUUUUUUUACAAAUCAAUCAAAUUCAUCGACAACUGAAAUUUUGUUGAUAAUUAUUUUGGGCAUUUUAUUGCUCAUCACCUGUAUAUUGUUGGCAAUGUUGAUUUAUAUAAAUUAUUGUGGAAAUCGGCGACAAAAAGAAAAUGGAAUCCUUUUCUGGCGUAAACAACGUCCAAGUAAUAAAAUGAUGAAAACACAUCUACUCAAUGAUCAAGAGAAUCCAGCAGCAGCAGCAGCAGCAGCAGCAGCAGAAACAUUUGUUUUUGAACCAAAAUCCAAUAUAAUUCAUGUGGAUAAAAUCAUCACCAUGAUACCGGAUCUAUUGAAUGAAGAAAGAAUACGUCAAGAAUAUGAUAGUGUACCUAAAUCUAAAAUGAAUAGCUGGAAUGAUGGCCGAUUACCGCAACAUAAAACAAAAAAUCGUUAUGGAAAUCUAUUACCAUAUGAUCAUACUAGAGUGAUAUUGAAAGAAGAUUUACCUGAAGAUACAAAUUAUAUUAAUGCCAAUUUUAUUGAUGGAUAUCGUCGUCCAAAACGUUAUAUUGCAUCACAAGGUCCAAUCGAUACUACUAUUGAAGAUUUUUGGCGCUGUAUUUGGCAAUACAAAUGUCAACAGAUUGUAAUGUUAACGAAUCUAGAAGAAAGUGGCCGAAUGAAAUGUGAAAAAUAUUGGCCUGAAAUCAGUCAAUUUUAUGGAAAAAUUAAAGUCACAUUACAAAGUACAGAAUUAUUUGCUGAUUAUGUAAUAAGAUCAUUUUUAUGUGAAAAAUCCGAUUCACAACAACAACAACAAAUGAUUGUCAAUCAAUAUCAUUUUAUAUCAUGGCCAGAUCAUAAUGUACCAUUAUAUGUUUGUACAUUGAUCAGUUUCAUUAAUCGUAUACGUACACAUCCAUUCUAUAAAGAAUCAUCACAUAUUAUUGUUCAUUGUUCAGCCGGUAUUGGUCGUACUGGUGCAUUUAUUCUUAUUGAUUCAAUGCUAGAAAUGGCACGUAAAGAGAAAAAAAUUGAUAUUUUAGGCCAUUUCUGUAAAAUGCGUUUACAACGUAUUAAUAUGGUUGAAAAAUUUAGCCAAUAUGUAUUUGUAUAUCAUAUAUUGGUUGAAGCAUUAUCACAUGAAUCAUCGGAUAUUUCUUGUAAUGAUUUUGAAUCAUAUUUUGAAAUGAUGACCAAAGGAAAUCAUCAUCAUCAUCAUAAUAAUCAUUAUCAUCAUAAAGAUAAAUGUCGUUUACGUAAACAAUUUGAAAUAUUGAAUAUAAUGUCAUUCCGUAAAUCGACAGCAAAUCAGGCAUCAAAAUUUGGUUUGAUAAAUAAUAAAUUAAAUCGUCGUGAAGAUGUUAUUCCACCCGAUCAUGCUCGUGUGAUUCUACCGAAUCAUGAAGAUUAUAUAAACGCUGUCUAUAUAAAUGGAUAUCGUAAAAAAGAUGCCUAUAUCGUUACACAGAUACCGUUUGAAAAUAAUCGACAACAAUUUUGGAAAAUGAUUGAAAAUACCCGUUGUACGACCAUAGUGUUGUUGGGUGAUGUUUUCAAUGAUGAUCAAAUUUAUUGGCCAACCAUUGUGAACAAGAAAUUUGAUUUCAACAAUAAUGAAUUAUCAAUCACAUUGGUUAAAGAAGAAAUGUUAUCAGGUUCAAAUAUAUUGAUGAGAACAUUUCAAAUUCGUCCAGAUGAAUUGAUUGUAAGACAAUUUCAUUUGAAAAAUUUAAAUACAAUCAUAGGCAAUAUUGACGGAACAAUAAUAAGCAGUGGUGAUGGUGGUGGUGGUGGUGGCGGUGUUGUUAGUUCAUCAACGACAAUCAUUUCUUCAACAACAACUGCUACAACAAAAACAAUGAAAACAUCAUCAUUAUUACGAUCAUGUUAUGAAUUAAUAGAACUUCGAGAGAAAUUGGAUCAAUAUACAACAACAAAUGUUUCCAGUUCAUCGUCGUCAUCACAUCCGUUAGUCAUACAAUGCAUCGAUGGUGUACAAUUAAGUGGCCUAUUCUGUGCGGCUGAUUUUAUAUUCGAACGUAUUAAAGAAGAACAACAGAUUGAUGUUUUUCUUGCUGUACAAAAAAUUCGUGCCAAUCGGCCACAAUUUAUUAUUAAUUAUGAACAAUAUCUAUAUCUACAUCAAGUGGCACUGGCCUAUUUACAAUCAUUCGAUCAAUAUGCUAAUUUUAAAUAGAAAGGGCGAAAAAAAAAUGAAAAUCUUCAUUGAAAAUUGAUUUUGAACCACCCAUUCUUUUCUUUUUUUUUCUCGUU